AGGGCCGCCAGUCUACCGCGUGCCGCCGCUCGGCCUGCCCGCGUCGCCCACUCCGCGUACCAAACACUGCUUUAUCGCAACUCAAAUAUAACUGCAUACUUACUUAUAUCCCCCAUUUUUUCGGAGAGUGCCAUAACACAUAUAGUGUAAAUCAAGAAUCGCGUGCACAUUCGCCGUUGCCCCACGCAAAUGCGGAUUUCGAACAUCUGUGUAAGAAAAAAUAAACAUAGCACUACGGAGUGGCUACCGACCGCGGCGCCGGUUUGGCGCCAACCUUCACACGACUUCUGAUGACAGAAUAAAUUGUGAUGCUGGCACGGACAGGAGUCUAUAGGAAACUGCGUCUGAGAGGACGGAGACGGACGUUGUAGCUAACGAGCUACUAGUUGUUUAAGUGAAAGUGCCUAAACCCUCCAACAUGUUAGGGAGUCGCCGUAAUUUAAUAUUUAGGUUGAGCAUCGCAGUGAGUUUGUGCAUGAUGCUGUACGCCGCAAUGCACCUGUCGGUGGGGCCGGCGCCGGGCGGCGAGUGGGUGCCCGUGCCGAUGACCGAGGACGUCACCGGCAACGAGAUCCACACGAACCACGAGUUCCUGCGUAACGACUCCACCUCGGUCCUGGACUUCAUCUCCAAAGUCAUCGACGAUACCACUUCACAAAAGACCCCUUCCACUCUACCCGCUACCAGCGCACGCUUCGCUGUCGUAAGCACUACCACUGCUCCCAUAGAAGUUCGCUCUGUGGAACCUUUGAAUGAGAAUCUCCUCACGGAGACGACCCUCAGUCGGUUGAAGGAGCUGCUGGGCUGCAAAAACAGAGAGUUUCGGUCAGAAUACUUGCAACGCGGCGAAUAUUGGGUGUUGAGUAACUACGUACGCGCCGACCACGGACCUCUGGACUGUUAUGAGACCAUCACCUACACCACACACUCGGGCUUCCAGUACUUGGAUAACGUUCUGCCUGUUGUCGAAAGAUGGGCGGGUCCGGUGAGCCUAGCGAUACACGCGCCAGGGUCUGACCUGAAGCUGACCCUCGACAGCAUCAAGUUCCUUAGACAGUGCACCCCUAGUAGCCACCUGGUCCGCAAACUCGUCACCUUCCACAUCUUCUUCCCCUACAAGCACAUGCCUUCUACGGUACCCAAACCUGAAGCUUUCCUGUCUGAACCAUACACGUGUCCGGAGAAAGCGCCAUAUGUGGUCAACGCGUCGUCUUCUUAUAAAGAAGAAAAGGGUUUACUCUACCCCAUAAACGUGGCCCGAAACCUUGCCAGGGAAGCUGCGCUCACGCACUUCAUCCUACCUUCGGACAUCGAGCUGUAUCCCAGUCCGAAUAUCAUCCCGCAGUUCCUGAAUAUGAUUGCCAGAAACCAACCACCUUUGAACACUUCCAAAGGUCCGAGGGUCUUCCCAAUAAGCCUGUUUGAAGUAGACGCUAAAGCCCGUGUGCCAUCAACGAAGACUGAGCUCCUAAAAAUGUUGUCAAAUAAGACUGCGAUAACAUUCCACAAGUACAUGUGCCAAGCAUGUCACAACAUUCCCCAGGCCAACAAGUGGAUGGCCCGUAAGGAAGAAGAACUAAUGAACGUGUUGACAACGAGCAAGCGGAAAGGGAAGUUCGCGAGGUGGGAGCCAAUCUACAUCGGGACACACCAAGAUCCAUACUACGACGAGCGACUCAGCUGGGAAGGCAUGAAGGACAAGAUGUCACAGGGAUACGUUCUGUGCGUGAUGGAUUACGACUUCAUGGUCUUGAACAAAGCGUUCUUGGUUCACAAGCCUGGCAUCAAGAAGUACAAGAAGGCUCCAAAGCGAAUGCCCGUGGUCUACAGACAAAAUGCUUUCGUCAGCGCACAUGUCCUGCCCGAACUGAAAAAGCUCUUCGGCAGCAGAGCCAACUGCGUAUUGUGACCGCACAUCACACCUAUCCUUGCAAUUUCUACUCUUAACCAUGAAUUUCAUGGUACAAGGCCUCAUAUUUGUAAAACUAUACGCGUCAAAAUCAAUUGAUACAUAUCAUUACUAGGUCAAUAUUGGUAUAUUUACCUGUAACUAAGGGAGUUAUAUUAAUCGUGAUACGCAUAAGACCCAGACAUGGUACAUACCUAAACUAAACUAAACGAGAGUCUGUUUUUACAUCGAUAUCGUCCGUUUUAUCUAAGUCAAUUACGUCGUAUAUUUUAUAUACUUCGCAUUAUUAAUUGCAGCUUUUAUACAAGCUAAAAUCUCAUACCAAAAAUACUGUUAACAUGAUCCUUCUAAAUGCUAACAUUCAUGAUUGAGGCAACAUAAUUACAGGAAAUAGUUUUAUUUUGUGAAUAUUGAAUAGAAAGGACGGAAUUAGAUUUCGAAUUAUUCUGGACCCGAACACAAGGUAUAAAGAAAAUUGGUAAAACUGCAGAAACAUUUGAGACUGAAUACUAUCUGAAGUUCCACCACGUUUCUUUGUGGUUUACACAUUUGUAUUGUAAAUAUUUUUGUACUGUGAAUAACAACGAAACGCCCCAGUCGAAUCUGUAAAUUAAGAAGAUACUUGAUUUGAAAUAUUUAAGAGCUUCUUACUUAUAUAAUUAUUGUUAAUUAAUAAUAUAAAUAAUUGUGUUUAGUUUAAUUUACAUAGUUUCCUUUUAGAAAAAUAUUUUUAUUUUUAUACCUUCUUUGGAGCCAGCGCACACUACAAAAUUAAACUAUCAAAUUUGACAUAAAUAAACUGUCAAAUAGGUGAGGAAAUUGCAAAGAUUUAAAAAAGCUCAGACGACAAAACCCAGGCAUGUAUCAUAUACAUUGAUUACACACAAUUCGAAAUACAACUCACGACAUAAGUACAGACACACAUAGACAUUACAAUAGUAACUAAGGAAUAGAUUUUAAUACCGGCGCUAGCUCUUAAAGUAGGUAUUAUUAUUUUGAUUUUGAUUCGUUUUAUAAAACUCAACCUUACACAAAUUACCAUAUUUAAACACUGUCACAUAAUGAUUCCUACAUGCAUUUUUUCUGUACGCAAGAUACUAUUUAGAGAAAUGACGUUUAUUCGCUAGUUGUAGUAAAUAUAUACCUACAAUAAGUAAUGAAAGUACGCUCCUAAAAUGCAAGUUUUAAUGUAUUACAUACAACAGUCUGAUAAAAGCAAAUAUACUCUAAACUCACUUUCUAACGGGGAUUAGAAGAAGAGCCAAUAAGAAGACAACUUGCAGCUACUAUUGAUACGAAAUCCUAGCAUGUAUGUACGUCGCAUUACCUACAGUGAAAACCAUGUAAACAUCUCUUUGAAAAUUAUUGAUGUGAUUUUCUCCAACAAAACCUCGAUUUUUUGAACCACUGUUUUUACCUAGAUUGAAACUGGCUCGCAAAUUGCGAGGUUUUUUAACAAAAAUCACAUCUAAAAAUUAUUAUAUCUAAAAAGGCGCUUAUAUGAAUUUCACAAUUAAUUGAGACCAGCUAUCCUAUAAAUGUAGAGUGUAUAUCAAACAAGGUUUUCCUCUUUGUCACGACUGAUCAUAUUAUUUUUUAUUAAACGAGCAUUAACAUCAAACUUAUAGACAAAGUCAACAAUUUAAGUUAUUUUGUAUUGUAUCAACCAAAUAAGCACAAAGUUGUUUUCUGUUAUAUUUUUGUAAUAAUUUAAUAAAUCAAUUAUUGCGUUUAAUAAGAAAUGUAAGUUGAUUAUAAUUUCAAUGGCAUCCUUUAAAAAGUUUUAGUAAUAAAAUAGUAUAUUCUUUAUAUAAAUCGAUAUGUCCCCAUUCUAGGAAUAUUUUAAGAAAUCGUAUUCAUUGAUCAAUAUUAGUCGCGUAAUAUUGUUGCGAGGUAUGUUACACAGCCUGUUACGCGGCAGACGUUGGUCAUUGAAUAAUCGAAUUUAUAUUUUGAAUACACAUAGCUUAAACCUUUAUGUAAUGUAGCUAUGAAGUCAAUAUACCUAAGUAUAGAUGUAAAUACAUUACAUAGUGUGAUGGGCCUUAUUAUCGGUGAUGUAACUAAGUAAUAAAGUUCAGUGUAAAAACUCACCACGUCCGGGAAUUAGUUUUAUAUUAUUGUGUAUAUUAGGUAUAAAUUUUCUUUUAUAAUUAAUUUAAAUAAGCAGCCUCCUACGAUAAUUUCAGCGCCUUAUCUUAUAAAAGAAUAACCUAAACGUCAAUUUACGCUAUAUUUAAAUUGUCGCGCGUUGGUAUACUUAUAUAAAGUGGAAUUGAAAAUACAUAGUAUUUUUAAUAUAAAAACAUUUAUAUUUGCUAAUUGUACGAACAGUGCCUUUAGUAAUAAAGUAAUUUAGGGAACCCAGUGCUGGGCACGGGUCUCCCCUUAUUAACAAAUAUAAUAUAUAAAAAAUGAAUUUCUCCCAACCCCAACUGGAAAUACGUAUGAAUUUCAAUUUAAUUUUUUUUAACCGUGUUUCCACAAGGAGCUAAACAGUACUUACUAAACUGAACUGAAAAUGUAGUUUAGCUCUCCCGUAGAAAUGCAGCUUUAUGGCGUCGAAUGAGUAUUCGAUAGGUAUUGUAUAUUACAAUCCUGCAGUUUAAAUUUAGCCUAGUGUAUUAAAGUUUAUUUUAUCACCCGUUGACGGCGAAGCCACACGGACGGUAAUAUUACUUUCUGUAUUAUAUUUGCUAAUUAGUAUUAAAGGGUUUUGGUUAGGGAAAACGCAUGUGGUGAGUUUUCACUGUUAGGCUUAAAGUGCCUCAUAGUUCAUAAGUGCAAUAUACAUAAUAAUAUACAAGUCUCUCAAUGUGAUCGUAAGAUGUAUAUUUAUCAAUAUUGAUCGAUCUAAUUACUUUUUAUAUAAACAAUUUCAUAACGGAAUCAUUGUAAUCGGUUUUAAAAUAGAAAAAUACGAGUUUUAA